AGUUCUGGGCCAGAAAUUUACUCACUCGCUACUGCCAGUCGUACCAGGAACACCUUUCUCUAAUGUUCGGCCGGAUUGCGUUUAUCGUGAGUGUGGUAUAUGUGGUACUUAAUACCCUGCUAUUGCGUUGGGCUGCUGAGCAGCUACCUUUUGUGUUUUUUGAUGAUGAGGACCACUUUAAUGCCACUUUGGCGAAACUACUGAAGCCCCGAUUUGUGGGCAGUCAGGGACAUUCCGAGGUUCGGGAUUUUAUCCACCAGGAGCUGCAGCGCUUGGACUUCACUGUUGUACGAAAUGAAUUCCAAGAAGGCGCCAACUUCACCAAUUUGUUGGGCUUUUGGAAUACGGAGGCGGAGCAUGUUCUGAUGCUGACCUGUCACUACGACAGCAAAAAGCUCAAGGACUGGGACAAGGACAUUUUUCCGUCUGCCACAGAAGCUGUUCCCUGUGCCAUUCUCCUAAACCUGGCCAAAACUUUGGGAUUGUUCUUAGCCGAGAAGUUGUCCAAGGGAAGUGGCAUGGGUCUGGCUCUUAUCUUCUUUGAUGGCCACAAUCCUGUGACUUCGGACAAUGGAGAUGGAAACGAACUUAUUGGUUCAGGUCGCUUUAUAGAAGAUGAUAUUAUAACUUUCGAUGAAAUAGCUCUUGUACUAACCCUCAGCUAUAUUGGAGCUCCGAAUCAAACUUUUAAUAGCUAUUUUGAAGCUAGCGAGGAUCUGCACGAGCUGGUUGCUGACAUGGAACUAGAACUCAGAAAAUCAGGACAACUAACCGACUGCCAUGUGUUGUUCCAAAAGAAGAAGCAAUAUGAUGACGAUCUGCUUGACGAUCAUGUUUUAUUCCAUGAAAUGGGUGUUCCAGUCAUGCAUGUGGCUCCCCAAGAAUAUCCAAAAGUUCUUCACACGGCUGCAGAUACUCAGGAAAAUUUACACUAUCCUACUAUCCGUAAUACGAUCAAAAUAAUGCGCCGACUUGUGUAUGAGUUUCUGGAACAGUGGGAUUCGUACAUAGCAGCAAAUAAUAUUAUUGCCGCGAAUAACGAUUUGGAUAAUAAUAAUAAAAACAGUUGAAAUUAUCCC